UCUCCACCGCCCCUCACUGGGGAACGUCUGGGUCCCCCUGCCACUGCCUACACUUCUGAGUUCCCCUCAGUGGACAUGCCGUGGCUCUGAAAGUCUGCCUUUACUCCUCAGAGUUCCUCGUUUCUCCCGUGAAGCUCCAAGGCUGGAGGGGCCUGGCUGCAUCCUUCCUGUAUCAACUUCUGAGUUCUCUUUGUGCAGAGCAUGUGAUGUGCACUUGGAUUUGGAAGACCGCCUGGCAAAAUUUAUGAAGACAGAAGAAGCCAUUAUAUACUCAUAUGGAUUUGCCACCAUAGCCAGUGCUAUUCCUGCUUACUCUAAGAGAGGGGACAUUGUAGAUAAAGCUGCCUGCUUUGCUAUUCAGAAGGGAUUACAGGCAUCACGUAGUGACAUUAAGCUAUUUAACCAUAAUGAUAUGGAUGACCUGCAGCGACUAUUGAAAGAACAAGAGAUUGAAGAUCAAAAGAAUCCUCGCAAGGCUCGUGUAACUCGACGUUUCAUUGUAGUCGAGGGGUUAUAUAUGAAUACUGGAACUAUUUGCCCUCUUCCAGAAUUGGUUAAGUUAAAAUACAGAUAUAAAGCAAGGAUCUUUCUGGAGGAAAGCCUUUCGUUUGGAGUCCUGGGGGAGCACGGCCGAGGAGUCACUGAACAUUUUGGAAUCGAUAUUGAUGAUAUUGAUCUUAUCAGUGCCAACAUGGAGAAUUCACUUGCUUCUAUUGGGGGUUUCUGCUGUGGCAGGUCUUUCGUAAUUGACCAUCAGCGACUUUCCGGCCAGGGAUACUGCUUUUCAGCUUCAUUACCUCCCCUCUUAGCUGCUGCUGCAGUUGAGGCCCUCAACAUCAUGGAAGAAAAUCCAGGUAUUUUUGCAGUGUUGAAGGAAAAGUGCAAACGAAUUCAUAAAGCUUUACAAGGUAUCUUUAUAAGAAACACAGAGGAGACAUACACAGAGAAAGAGGAGAAGACCAUGUGAAGAUGGAGAUAGAAAUAAGAGUGAUGCAGCCACAAGCCAGGGAAUGAAUAGAGCCACCAGAACCUGGAAGAAGAAAGGACACAUUCUCCCCUAAAGCCUUCAAAGUGAGUACAGCCCUGCAAACAGCUUGAUUUUGGAUUUUUGACCUCUCAGAAUAUAAGAAAAUAAAUUUCUCUUUUUUUUUCUCCCACCCCAUUCGUGGUAAUUUCUUAUGACAGCCCUAGGAAACUAAUACAGAUUUUGGUACUAGGAAGUGAAGUGCUGCUGUAACAAAUACCUAAAACCAUGGAAGUGGCUUUGGAAUUAGGUAAUGGAUAGAGGUUGGAAGAAUUUUGAGGUGCAUGAGAGAAAAAGAUUUGAAGAGUCUGCAAGUAGAAAUAUGGGCUUUAAGGAUAAUCCUGGUGAGAUCUCAGAAGAAAGUGAAGAGCAUGGUAGAGAAAAUGUCUGUCAUCUUAGAGAAUGGGGAUCCCAUCAUGACCAGAAUGUUAGUAAAUAUGGAUGUUAAAGUCCUUUCUGUUGAGGGCUCAGAAGGAAAUGUGGAACAUGUUAUUAGAAACUAGAGGAAAGGCAAUGGUGGUGAUACAGUGGCAAAGAACCAAACUGAAUUGUGUCCUGUAGCUACGGUGGAAAGCAGAACUUUUAAGUAAUGAACUUGGAUAAUUAGCUGAGGAAACUUCUAAGCAAAGUGUUGAAAGUGUGGUCUGGUUCCUUCAUGCCGUUUCUUCAAAAAUAUGAGAGGAAAGAGGUAAAUUGAGGAAGGAACUGUCAGGCAAAAAAGAACACAGCACUUGAUGACUUGGGAGGUUCUUGGGUUAUCCAUAUUGCAAAGGAUGAAAAAAUUAGUAGAGUCACUGUUGGGAAAGUAUGCUCUGGAGAGAGGGCCAAGGAUGCAGCUGGACAAACUUUUUGUAAAGAGAUUAACUAUGUGACUCAUGGAUCCACUCAAUCAUCUCAGCAGAGCCAGAAGUAGAGACGGGGUUAUUCAGACAAGAUCUCUGGAGGACUCUCUGUUUAUGGCACAGUCUCAUGACGUACAUGGGAGACCCACAAGGUUUCUGAGAAUGUUGUAUCAGCAGAAACACGGUCAGCUUGGCCUGAAGGGACAGAGACAGGACAAAGUGAAAGAGUGCUGUUGAAUUUCCAGAAUUCUGUUGAAUUUCCAGAGUUCUACAGGGCUGUUAAAGCUUCUUAGCUAUAAGCAUAUGCUCCCCUUCAAGAAAAAUGAAGAAUGACUAUAAGGGCAGAGCCAUGGACUCAAGAGGUAGAAGCUGGAGGUGUAGGAGCAGAGACCUACCAAUCUACCAUAGGUGCAGAGGCCUAUGGAGCUGUGUGCCCAGAUGAUGUAGCUUCAUAACACAGAAUUAUUCUCAGGUCUUGAAACAAAAUGAAACUGGCCCUGCUGGAUUGCUAACUUUCUUGGGACUGAUGACUCCUUUAUUCCUUGCAUUUUCUCCCUUUUGGAAUGGAAAUGUCUAUCCUAUUCCUGUCCCACCCUUGU